AUGGCAAGACUCACUGAUGCUGUCGACUAUGAUGCCGACAAAGCGUCAGUGAAUGAGGGUACAGUUCUCGGCCGAGGCAACGAGUGUACUCUCCUCAUCUGCCUUUCUGGCCAGUUGACCGAACGGCCGCUCCUCCCGAACGAGGUGCCUGCCUGCAGUCGAGAAGACGAGAUCGCCAUGGCAACAGUUACUGCGCCCUCAGCUUCCGGUUUUGCCGGGGUCAGCAGCGCUGGUGGAGCAGUUGCUGAACUCAUCGAAGUGCGCCCAUUGUCAAGUCUUAUUCGUGUCGAACCGGUCAGCCUCCCGACAGGAUCGUCAAAAUGGACUCAACAAGGCGGAUCGCCGGCUUGCUGCGCCAGAGUGCUCAGCCCAGUUUGUGGUCUGGCCGAAUUGACGGUGGCCACUCUCCGCUUGGCCAACAAUACGCCAUGCCGAGUGCGCCAGGAGCAGCGGUUUCCGGUGGUCGUCUGUCAAGGGGCUUGCAAGCCGACAAACUUCUCGAUCAGCGAGUUGUAUGCCAGUUCGACAAAGGUGAUCAUCUAG